UUGCAUUUAGCCGCAAUUUCAAAGCUAUAUCAUAAAGUUUUAGUCAACCAUAUCCGCAAUCAAAGGCAUUUCUGUUGUGUUUUAUUUCCUUCUCGAAUUCAACUGCAAUCGUGUACAGAGCCGCUGGAGGACCCGCAAGCCUGUUCCCUCAUAGGCAAUACUGCUGCUGUUAGAGUACAUUUCGUUGGCAGCUUUUGCGUGUUCGAGCGACCAGAAGGGGUAAGGUCUUGUUUCUUGAUGGACCAAUUCGGAUUUAAAGCAUGAGAAAUCUAUGAACGCAGAAAUUCCACAGGAGAAUGUGAGCGGGGAGGUGUGUAGAAGCUGGAAUCCUUCAGUUUCCGAUUACUUAAUGUUGCAAAUGACUGACUCCGAUUUGAGCGAGUUCGAGCCUUAUGACUGCUAUGACGACCUCGAAGCAGACCUAGAAAGGUACACUCAGUCACAAACUCAAGACCCAAAAAUCCCAGGAUGGAAGGGAAAUAAUGAUCCCAGUUUAAAGAGAGAGGAGUUACAGAAGAUGGUGGCAUUUGACCAACGGGAUCCGAGGGGUAAAAUCGCUAUCCAGAUACUGCCCAAGACUGCCUUGGAAAACACUAGUUCGAAAGAGAAAAAUGAAUUACGUAAAUUAUCUCGCCGUGCUCCAAGUAUCGAAGAAAGGAUGGCAAAAUUCGCAGUUAAUUUACCCCGAGAAUUGAAAACCACAUCUAAAUCCCUUACCAAAAAGUCGCCGCCGCCAGCUCAUGGGUUGCCCCCUUGUAACGAAGAUGAUAAGCCCAUACUGGAAUUGAAUAGGAAACAAAGAUUCAGGCUGGUAUCUGAUACCCUCAAACCGAAUCAUAGCACAGAGGAAAUCUCAACUAAUGCGGCUAGAAAAUCAAAUUUUAUUUCAGAUAAUUUUGGAUUAAGCGUAGUUGAGCAUAGUCGAUCAGGUGUACACAAAAACCACGAGUCAAGCCUGAAUGACCACAUAAAGGAGGACAGGAGCGAUUCGAGUCCAGAGAAUGCGAAAUCAACACACCACAGGCUGAAAAUGCAACCGGUGGAUGGAGCGGAGUUUCCAUUUCGUCGAAAAACGAGCCAAGGAAGAAAAGGCUUAUGUCCUGCUGAUGAAUAUCAACAGCAACUCAGCAGGUUUGGAACGAAGGAGAGACUAGAGGGAGGAAAACAAACGCAAGAUUGGAUAGAACAGGACGGUGAUCAUUCUGGUCACCAAAAGAUCACUGACCAGAUUACCGAUAGGUCUAAAAAUUUGUCUUAUUAUGGUUAUAAUAAAAAAGCUGACAUCAGAUUAUCCAGCUCAGCGAAAGUUGCUGCUGUUAUCAAGGAAGGCAUCCGUGAGCAGGGAACUCGCAGCUUAACACAACAGUUGACUGGAGCGAGCACACAACUAUCAAGGGAGCAUAUCAGAACUGCCAAGGGAGGAAUUUAUUUUCCACCACAACUUCAGCGAUCGAAAUCUUUCGAAGUCGAUCCAGGUAAACGAAGCAUCUUGAAAUCGGGUUUCGUACAGAAGGAUAUUGAUAAAAUUACAGCGGAUGCUGCUGGGAAAAGCCCAAUAAAAGACUUGUCGAGUCAGACGGAGCGGGCGAGCAUCGGAAUUUACUCAGGGCAACACAAAGUGCGAUCACAGGCCAGUGAUGAUGGCCGCAACCUUAAGGGCACAUCUAACACAGGAUUUUCGUCAAGGAAAAGUGAAAAGGUUUUCGGAGAUGUUGUUAAAAGCGAAAACAGUAAAUUAUCUGAGCUGCUGAGAUCAGAUCGUAGUACGCAUAGUUUACAGAGGCCUGGCAAUCCGGGGGUAGUUUAUAGUCCUACGAAAAUUCAUGGCAAUACUUUUCAAAACAUUGACAAUAGUUCGAUAAAAUCGCAAGCAUUUGUGGCCCGUGCAAGGAAAAACAGCUCGGGAUUUGUGGAGCCACGAAAAAUCAUAUCAGCUGGUGGAACUGAUCGCGGUAAAUUAGUUGAAAAAAAUAACAAUACUGUCUGGAACACUGAUUCAGGUUCGGGAAGUAGCGAAGAAGAAAGGACUAUUGAAACCGACAGUAGUACAACUUCCAGUGUAAUCGACGAACGUAGGAGAAGGAGACUCGUGAAAAGGACAAGAAGACGCGGUUUGAACAGCAGAAAAUCACAGCUAAGUCAAUUUAUAGGCCGCGAGGUUUCAGCCAUCGAGAGUCAAACCUCAGAUGAUGGGACAAGUAGGCCGUCUGUUAGCGAUACUUUGAAUGAUGCUCUCUCGCCGGAUGAAAGCAUCGGGAAAAUAAACAGUCGCGAGAGUUACAAACGUGCCAAGCAGAUAUUUGAGAAACACAGGUCAAAUCAAGACCCACAACGAGCCACCCCUAAAGGUGCUUUUACGAAUAGAACUGUUGAGCAGCAGGUUCAAGCACAGGAAAAUGCUACGAAGUACUCUGAUUUAAAUGGACAGAGCCCUCCGUUUUCGCACACUGAAGAUCAUACCGCUAUGUCAACAAUACACAGCAAUCGUGGCCCUUUUACUAAUUCUAGCAACGAAGCAAGAAAUGGCCAUGAACCAUUUAAAAACCACAGAAAACAUAGUGGUGGAACAUUCAGUGCAGUGGCAAAGGUGUCAAAAAUUACAAUUCCUUCGCUCCAGCUUAGAAACCUGAACACCCCUAACCGGCCCAGGUAUACAAGUGACACCGAAUCAUAUGCUGGCCAUGCAAAAAUUUUGUCAGAUCCAUUUAGUCUUGGUCGAAGGAGUUUUAGAGAUAAUAACCUUGGUUUCUCAGAUGGUGAACACGAGCUUACUGCCAGAUUGGAAAGGAAUGAGGAAUUUUAUGAAGAGCAAUCAUUCGAUGACAGUUCUUUUGAUAGACGUUGUUACACUCUGCCAAGGAAUAUGGGUAGGAAAACUAUGAAAGCAAGUCCAUUCAAAUUAAAUCUUCCCGGAAGAAGUUUACAAGAACCACUGGAUGUGCAGUGUAAUAGUCAAAGUAGCAUUGAGGAUGUCAGUGUACGAUCAUUUCCAUUGACACAGAAAGACUUCUCCCCCAACAGAAUCCAAAGCAGAUCUGCGGGUUAUAUAGGUAUUGACCCACUUUUUUCAUCAGAACAUGUCCUUGCAAAUGCUGCAAAUCAGCAAACAACUACCAGCCCUACUGGGAUGAAAAAUCACUUUAAUAUUGCCAGUACUCACUCCAAACCAAUUGAAAGUGAGAUUUUUGCAAAAGAAGAAUCCAUAGUUAACUCAAAUGCUGAAAGAAUAUUUUAUCCAGAGACUAAAAGUGAAACACGUACUGUCAAUUCAUCUAUUGCUAACUCAAUACCUAGUCCAUUUUAUGCUGAACUACUUGCCCCUCCUGAUAAUUUCAAGGAUUCUCCAGAUGAGAGGGUACUUGAAGACCUAUCUGUAGAAAAACCUGUUGAGAAAAUGAAUAGUCCAACUCACAGUAAGGAAGAGAGAACAACUAACUCUGUACUCAGUUCUAGUCCUGUCAAUGAAAGUAGUAAAUCAACUGAGAGGACCAGAGGCAGGCCACCUGUUAUUGAAAGUGCAGUGACUGAUAAAUCACACGAAAGGGCUGGUAGCCCAAGAAGGAGACCAUCAUAUGUGAAAGCCCAAUUUUCAGAUUCAAUGUUCUGGUCAGAAACAAAAAGUGACUCAGAGAAUCACGAGAAAAGAGAGACUGUUCCAGCCUCUACAGAGAGUGUUCCUGAAAUGUUUAAAGCAGUUGAGCCACAACCUGUAGAAUUAGCAAGUACAGCAAAGGAUUCAGUUGAUCAAAAGAAAAAAAGGGCCAGGCCAAGAAUUCCACCAACUCUAGGCCCCCUGAAGCCUUCAUUUGACGACCUUAUAGCAAUCCCGAUUCCAGACCAAGACUUUCCCUCACCAGAAAAAGAGGAAAUUGAUAAACUGAACUGCGAUGAUAAUCACAAUUUGAGAGAAACAAGCCUUAUAGAUGACAAGCUAAUUGCCUCUGUUGUGGACAAAAAGCAGGAGAAAUCAGACAUUGCAAAGCGCAGGCCAAGAACUACCCUUGCAGCCACUCCUAUGCUAGAGGAGAUUCCAGAAGAAAAAGGACACGGUUCUGGCAGUGACACAAACAUUGCUAUUGUUUCAGAUGAGACAAGGAUCACAAGCAAACGAACCAGAAAACAGGCUAUUGGAGAGUUGAAAGAAUCAGUUGAAGGAAACGAGAGUCCGAAGACGGAGAGAUCAGAAAAAGCCGAAACCGGUUACUUUAGCAGCUCCUCAACCCUCAAUAGGCUUGGCAGUUUGGACGAAGUGAGUGAAAGCCCGACAUUCAAUGUCGUUAAUUUCGCUGAAACAGAAACCUUCAAUGAGAACCGUGUUCUAGAGUUAAUAGGAGAUGCCAAUGGCACCGGUCCUAUUCGGUCUCAUAGUGAGCCGGUACCAGGUACUUUGUCACCCGAACCUACCACGCCGUCUGCUAUUGAUCAAGGAAUUGAGCCUAAAUGGUCGAGUAGCAGUGUGCCAAACCUUGCUAGUGCCACUCUGACCCCCCUGCAAGAGUCAAAGAGGGCCGUGAGUACUAAUGAAGUCCAAGCUGAGCCAAAGGAAGAAGCAAAGGUCCGAAAGGGCAGUACGGACUCGGACGUUCGAAGUCCGGUUGAUUCUCCAUUUGAACCGUCCGUAUUCCCGGAUCAAAGAUCUGAUUCCCAGAAGUCCUUCUCUUCAACUUCAUCUGUGCCACAAAGUCCUGUCACUUUAUCUGUACCAAAGGCGGAACAAAAACAUGACAUGCGAAGGCAUGUACUUCAAAAUUUGCUGGAUACAGAGAACUCAUAUGUUCAAAAUCUAAAUUUCCUGGUAUCGGUUUACUACCGACCUUUGAAGAAGGUUGAAGGUGGGCCUAUAAUCGAAGCUGGCCAAGUUGACGAGAUCUUUUUUCAAAUUCCCGAAAUCCUGUUAAAUCACGAGUUCUUUUUGGAACAAUUGACGAGUAGGGCUAAUAACUGGAGUGACAGGCAAAUAGUCGGUGAUAUUUUUGUUUCUUCGUUCACGAAAUGUUUGUUAAUGGAUGCAUACAGUUCUUUUAUCAAUAAUUUCCGACAAGCAAGAGUUACAGUUCGUAUGGCUUCUUCUCGUCCCGCAUUCCUCAAAUUUGCCGAGCAAUGCCUCAAAGAACACAAAGAGAAGCUGACUUUGCAAGAUCUUUUGAUUCAACCUGUACAAAGAAUACCUCGAUAUAGGCUAAUUUUGAAGGACCUGUUGAAACACACAAGCCCAGAGCAUCCUGACCAUGGCCUAUGUCAGCUAGCUCUGGAGCAGAUCAAAACGUUAGCGGAUCGAAUGAACAAGGGUGAGCUCGAGGCAGAUCAAGCAGAGAAAGAUGCAGAAAAACUUCGCGAUGUUAUUGCAACUAUAGAGGGAAUGACUGAUCUUGCAACGGCGAAUAGGAAGUUCUUGAGACAGGACUUAGUUGCGGAGAUUAAAGGCGUUAUAACAAAGAAGGAUCGCUGUCUAUUUCUCUUCUCUGAUCUUCUCGUGUGUGCCACCGUGCGAAGGAAAAACAAUGCUCUUCGCAGAGGCUCACUCGGACUGUUUUCAGGGCAAUCGGCUACAGAAUUCAACAGAUAUAAGCUAUUAUGGAAACUUCCUUUGGAUUCAACAGAUCUCGUAAAAGGCGGUUCCGUUCCUGCACUGAAAAGAGCACCCGGGGAUAAGCAGGCAGAGAGAUUGGAAGAGGAUAUUGCAAUUCUUGGAAAAAUAAGAUCAAUGGCAGACACUCUUAUUACCCCUCACCAGAAUUUGGACAUGUGCAUACGAGACCUGAUCACCGAACUCAAUCGUCAAGUUGCGGAACAAAAUCAGUCUGCGCAGCCAAUGCAAACAUCACUGGCGAGAGUGGAAAUUCAGGCCCAAACAGAUGAGGGAACUGAAAAUUUCAUCUUCGUUUUCCUAUCGACCGUGAUAAAAUCAUCUUGGGAAGCGGCCUAUGAAGAUGCCAAACAGAGACUCGCAUACGCCAGGCAUACCUUUCCUCCGGAGUUUCAAUAUCCUUUGCCUAUCGACAAGACGAGAAGUGGCAUGCAGUUCACGUGUGCGGCUCCAAGUAGACUGACGUCACUUGGGGACGAGGCCGUCGAAGCUGGUGGUGAAAUAUGGGUCUGCAAUAGUGAUGGUUACGUAGGCCAAGUCUGCCUGGUGUCUAUGGUUCCAGAAGCACAGUCGCAUCCAAGUGCCAAUGUUUGUUCGGCUCGCAUUCAGUGCAUAGCACCUGUGCCUGGUUCCAAGCUCAUUGCAACGAACAAACCACCAAAUAACGACCCACGGAAACUUGGUGGCCUCCGUGAGACAAAAAGUAACAAAAAAUCGACAAAAUCAUCAAAGGUCCCUUCGCACAAUGGAUUAAAAUCGAAGAAGUCUUUUCCAACUGAAUCAGAUGAUGACGACCAAACUGCCGGGCGCGAGACCAUCAUUGCAUUUGACACUGAUACCGACGAAGAAGAUACCGGUGCCGGGUCUCCAUUCAUCGGAAGAUCAACUGUUUUUGAUGGGCGGAUGAGCCCAGACGGAAGCAGCCUAGGCAGUGUUGAAAGUGUUGAAGGUGUGGACGGGAGUAGCAGCGACAACCAGCAAUAUCAGUCUGGGUACGACUCAAGCGAUGCAGAGGACCCUCAGCAAACAGAGAACCGGAGACUCGGUAUUCUUGGCGAUUCCGUUCGCAAAGGAAAUCAUGAAUUUGAUCUAAAAGAAAUGGAUGACCUUAUCUCAGGCGAUGGUAAAGAGCAACGAACUAUGUGGCUUGGUACAGAAGAUGGCUGUAUCCAUGUGUACCAGUCGAGUGACGUCACUCAAGCGCGAAAAAGCAAGAAGAAGAUGCAGCUUGGAGCUGUGGUCAAUGCUAUCCUGUACCAUGACAAUAAAGUGUUCGUCGCUCUUGCCAACGGAGAACUUUGUGUGUACAAAAGGGAUCCAGGGAAUGGAUGGGAAAUCGCUGCCCCGCAUUCAAUACCUGUCGGCGCUAAUGGAGCUUCAAUUACUUGCAUCACAGCGGUUGCCGGCCGUAUAUGGUGUGGCUGUCAGAAUAAUAUUAUUCUUGUGAAUGCAUCAACUCUAAAAAUCGAGUCAACCAUAGGAGUGAGCCAAGAUUCGCACCGAUCCGUUUAUCGUAUCGUCACUGCUGGGCUUGGUGUCUGGAUUUCGUUACAGAGCAGUGCCAUAGUGCGGCUAUACCAUGCAGUAUCCUUUGAAAAUUUAGCUGAUAUUGACGUUGCACCUGCAGUUCAUAAAAUGCUUUUAGGUGCUGAUGCAAUAAUUCGACAACACAAAGCAGCUUGUCUGCGAAUAACAGCAUUAUUAGCUUGCAAAGAUCUUCUAUGGAUAGGAACAAGUGCGGGAGUUAUACUGACUAAUCCUUUACCGACUAUAAAACUGAACACGCAUUCGCUAAGGAAUGCACCAGGGCCAACAGGCUCACCUCAUGGACACACGGGCCAUGUGCGGUUUUUGACUUCAGUUGAAGUGCCAAAGUCGCAAUAUAAAGAGAAGGCUCAGCUGUCACCUGAAAUUAACAUUAACAGGGCUACGUCACCCUCACCUACUAGCCCCACGAAAGUGGUCGAAAAUCUACCUCGCAAAGACGAUGCGUCGAAAACUGUUACGUUAGUUAUAAGUGGCGGUGAUGGUUACGAGGACUUUCGAACUAGCGCAACUUCGGAAACAGUUGGCCGAGAAGACAGUACGAACCAUCUGUUGAUUUGGCGGGUGUGACACAACGAGCACCCACUCGUAACAUACUACCACUUUUAACGAAACACAAGCGAAAACCGAACGCCUGUUAUAAUAAAAAUGCCAAAUGCAGUUGCCCGGAUCGUUUCGGUGUCGUUUCGGUGUCGUUUCGGUGUCGUUUCGGUGUCGUUUCGGUGUCGUUUCGGUGUCGUUUCGGUGUCGUUUCGGUGUCGUUUCGGUGCCGUUUCGGUGCCGUUUCGGUGCCGUAUCGGUGAUAACGGCCUGCAGACCAGCGAUAAAUACCUGUGUCACAGUCAGUCGCACUGCGGAGAUAUUUGCAUUGUUGUUGCCAAAAUCUCUAAUCCACGAGCAACCAACAAGUAGACCAUUUCACCCUUAAGGCAAAUACAAUCCAUCAUCUAAAGCAAGACACGGGAAUCAAGGUUCAGUUCGCAUUCUUUUAAACUCCUUUAUCCUUAAUUUGGGAAAUGGUUUCAACAGAAUCAUAGUUUUCGUUUCCAAUAGAAAUAUCUUCAUAGCCCUUUUCUAAUAACAUAAUCACCCAUAAUAAUCCCAAAUGCAUAUAUGCUUUUCAUUCGAUGCAAACGAAACUGAUAUUUCCUCAACAAAAUGGGAAGCAUUCAUUCUGAAACCUAAAGCUGUUUAAAGGGAUUUCCCUAGCUUUUGGAAUGUUUCUAAAACUUUCUCUAAUGACUGUGAUGUCUCUAUUGAAGAGAAAACCGUUAUGCAUGAAAAUGCCUUGAAAUAACAGCAGUUUUUAUUGAUAGGACACCGCGAUGGUUGAAAGUGAUUUUAUUCUGCUUGCUUAUAGGGCAACACAGAGUAAAUGUUAUGAAUCAUCUAGGUUUUCCCUUUGUAUUUGGCUUUGCUAUUUAAUUUCCUCUCGCUCUUAUCCAACCUUGGUUAAAGCAUCUUUUUAAAAAAUAAAACUCAUGCCAGAAAAAAAUAUGUUUAAUUUUUGCACCUUAGGGGCUUUGGAAUUUUUGUAGAUAGAUGUUAAGGGUGUUGAAACACGAAUUCUCAGAAAUCACCCGUCUUGCUAAUUCUCAGAAAUCAAACUGAACUGUUUUCUUGUGAGCUUAACUGGAUUGCAUUUGCCGCCAGGUGUUUUAUCGUUGAAAUGCUAAUGAUCGUAUUCAUUUUUCGAAUAAAUUUUACGAGUUAGUAAUGCUGACCGUCAAUUAACGUGUCAUGAGACAAUAUCUAUAGAAAUCGUAGCUCAGAAUAUUUAUUAAUGCUUGUCUAUUCGUGAUAUUUUUAGCAAUAGCUUUUUUAAUAGUGACUUGACGUAAAAUGCAUGCACAAGGUGACAAACAGCCCAUAGUAUAAUAUUAUUUUUAUUGAUAUUGGCAUUGUAAUUACUGGCGCAGUGACCAAAUCAAGCCCUUACAGGUGGACACAAGGGUGACGAAGUCGGGAGAAUGCGCUUUCGUAUUUCAACAAUACGUAAAUCAAUGUAUUGGGAGCAACUGCAUAACCUCAGCCAUUCCCUAACCUUCCCCCCUCCCCCCUCCAAAGUGUCCACUGUUAAUAAACUCUUAGGACGCUCUUUCAAUUAAAGAAGGCCCCUUACAGCUCUGUCCGCCAUCUUUAUUCUAAUAUCUUAUGUCUCCCGUUUUUUAAUAUCCUCUAAUCUGUUGGUUGGGUUUUAGUUGAAAAACCAUCAUUUUUUUCGUGUAAGGAGGAAUUUCCAACUAAUUCUAAGGGGAGGCGUUGUUACGAAAAACAUUUCAUUCACUGCUUCCUUUCAAGCUAUUGGUUCCAAACAUCCGCCGUAAUAUCAGCAAUGGACUAAAGUAAAUGGGCCUCGUUUUCAAAAACAUAAGAUAAAACUUUAUAGUUUUAGCGGAACAGGUUCAUUCACUUUUAAUUAUAUUUAGAAUGAAUUUAUUAUUUAGAUUAGCAUGAAUGUGUAUGGCAAUUUUGUAUUUUAACUCAUUUUGUAUGACUUUGUAAUGAGUUUUUUAUAGUAUCUUCUUUAUAUUCUCAAAUACCGGCAGUAAACGCAAAUGUUUAGGGGGAUUUUGUGACAACAGCUUUCCAAUUUGCUAUUUUUCACGACUUUUCUACCACAAUAUGUAAACACGUUUUUACCCAUGCUAUCAGGGAUUUUUUCAGUUUUAAUUCUGUGCCAAUUUCACUCUUUUAAACCGACAAAGUAGCUAGAUUUCAGAUAUAGAACAAAGGAUACGUUUUGCUUUGUGUUUUCCCCGUUGCUUAGAUAUCAUACAUCCAAUCUUUGCAUUCUAAAUAACAUACACCGGUCCUCUAUACUCUGAAGAGGGGUGCUUCUGUUUAAUGUAAACUGACUUGGGUUUACUGCUGUGUUAGUACAAGCUUCUAAUCAAUAUUUUCCUCUUUCUUGUACCACAAGCAGUGAAUUUUUCACUUGGAUUGUUAAAUUUACAGUCCCUUAUCUUGAUAUUUUUAUACUAUCGUUAUUGUAAAUAUCUUAAAGGUAUUUUCUACUUGAAAAAUGUCAUCAAAAGUCUUAAUAUCA